AUGACAGGCUUGACAGCAGAAACUACCUUGGACACCAAGACACGUCAUGUCUUGCGAACCGGUAGCACCAGGCGCAUCUCUUUACAGAACCCAAACGCCGCUGUAACCAGUUCACUUGCGUUACCCUCGUGCAACAUACCAUCUGUCUCAUUGUUGCCCAUACAGAAUCUUUCUCGAUGGCCACACUUUGAUUCAAGCAUCCAGUGUGCUCCCUUUGGUGUAUCUGUGGCCGAUCUUUGGACAUCAACCACUCCAUCAACAGCAUCAGCAUCAGCAUCUCCAUCUCCAUCUCCAUCUCCAUCUCCUCCACCACCUCCACCACCACCACCAACACAACCAUCAUCAUCAUUAUUAUAUUUCAAAAGUACACCAAUAAUGGUCAGCCAAGAAAAUACUACUAACAAUCAAGACAACACCCAUAAGCCUGAGCCUGAAUUGGAUCAAAUGAAACACAAACCGCCACGGCCACCAAUGCUUCGUCCGUCGCUCAAAUCAAGCCGGAGCCGGUCUGCACCAAGUACCCCUGUGGCCACAAAAUCCGUGCACUUUGACUUUCCACUGGAACAUAUUUCCCUAUUUACUUCCAACCCUGACAAGGCUAAAUCAGAAUGUGAUGAGGAUGAAGACGUAGAUGUAGCUUACUUUGGGCACGAUCCGUUUGUCAACAGAUAUACUGGAGGAUACUACUACAAUCUCAAUACGAACAACAGCCCAAAAACAAGCCCAGGUCCUGUAUUGAGUCUUCCAAACUGGCCCAGUGAUCUUCCUGUCCGGUUCUUCACCCAGAUGGUCAGCCUAGAAUCGAUCAUAUUUGAUCCGGCCGCCUGUGCCCUCAGAGGCGCCAUCCAGGUCCAGAACAUUGCGUUCCAGAAGACGGUAACCUUGCGCUAUUCUACCGAUGCAUGGGCCACAUGGACAGAUGUGGGGGCGCUCUACAAGGAGUCGGUCGGAGGUGAUUGCGAAAACAGUGCGCUUGACCGAUUUGUGUUCUUUAUCACCAUCAGUCCUGACACAGACCUGCUCACGACUCAGUUCUCAAUGGCAGUCCGAUACCAGGUCAGGGAGCGUGAGUUUUGGGAUAACAAUGGUGGGAAGAACUUUAGGGUCCAGUGGAGACCACCACCACCACCACCGCCAUUAACACCGUCACCACCUCAAGUGCAAGCUCAGGUUCAUCAGACAGAUAGUGACCAGCCCAGGACGCGCCAAGAAAGGCGUCGGACUAAUACUGUCGGAGACCUGGGAUUUCGACAAUACACAGACUCACAGCAAACAUUCUCAUCAUUCAGUGAACGCUAUAGCUUUGAGCAGGCCUUGUCGCGCGCUAAUACAUCACGUACAAACACCAUUUUUGUAGGCGAAAAAGCCUUUUUUUAA